GUAUUAACUUAUAUACUGUUGGGUAGUUUAAUCUAGAGCAAUGCAUCAUAUUCCAUAAAAUCAUAUCACGUCACUGUCCUGUGAGAACCACGUAUCUCUAAAAAAGUCAACUUGUCAUGAGUUCAGAAAAACUUAAUUCAUAAAGCAACAAUUAAUCCUUCAGUUUAUCAGAAACAUCCAAAUUUAAAAUUACCAAAUUUAGAGAUAUGUGGACAGGAAGGCUAUGAAAAACUGUACUCUGAAAAGUAACUAAAGCUGUCAGACAAAUGUAGUGGAGUAAAAAGUACAAAAUUUGCCUCUGAGAUGUAUUGGAGUAGAAGUAUACAUUUGCAUAAAGUGGAAAUACUCAAGUAAAGUACAAGUACAUCGAAUUUGUACUAAGUACAGUACUUGAAGUUAAUGAACUUGGUCACAUUAAACCACUGCUUUCUGUCCCAGCUGACCCCCUCAGUGGUGUUUUCACAGUCCUCAGAGCUGCUGGCGGGAGCAUCAUGUUAUCUACUCAUAUUCUUGAGGGAUGCAUAUCUGCCAGGAAACUUUUGAUCGGUGUAGAAGUCCCCUUUCUCUCCAUUGUGGUGAUGACAUGCAAAGAUCAGAAUGGUAUUGCUGACAGUCCUCCUGCCUACACCAUGACACUGAAUCAGAGACUGAUUCCACUCCUGCUUUUGGGACUCACUGUCCUUUCAGGAAUGGCCACUUCUCUUUGCAUUUUAAGUGAGGAUAGAACUCGUUGUGUGUGCAAUGUUAUGGAUAUCCUCAACCCACAAAGUCUGACUUGUGUCCAGGCUUUGGAGCUGGAAUUUAGAGAUGGCAAACUGGAUGUAUCUGAGAUGGCUAUAACCUGUCCAGAAUGUGCUUUUCAGUUAAUCCAGAAAAAUAAACUCAUUUUCAGCAAUAUCACAAUCUCCUUUUCAUUACUCAGUGAAGUGAGCUUGUCAAAAUUGACUCUUGAAAGAGCUGUCCAAUUUUUACAACGUCCAGAGUUACAGGGAGCAUCUCCAAUUAAAGCCCUUCAACUGGAAGAUACAACAGUGGACCCCUCGCUCCUCCAACCCUCCUUCCAGGCGCUCCACCACUGGUUGUUUGGCUCUCUGAAAUCUCUCGGCCUUGUUCGUUCUGGCUUGGUUGAGAUUGACUGCAAGUGGGCUCAAAGAAUAGAAAACCUGACUCAUCUGGAUCUGUCAGAGAACCCCAUCUCUUACACUAGCCUGCAGAAUAUCUCACAUUGCUCCUCUCUUUCAUUCAAGUACCUGAAAUCUCUCCAUCUGAGACACAGCAACCUCACCUCCCUCCAGUCUCUCUGCACGCCCAUGAGUCUUAUCCCUGUCCUCACCCAACUUGAUGUCAGCAGGAACAGUUUCUCGAUCUUCCACUAUCCACACUGCCUCCAGGCAAAGCCGCUCAGGAUGCUCAAUCUUUCCCACUCAGGAAUCACAGAGGUAAACUCGCUACUAUCUACAUCUCUGGAAGAACUGGAUCUAAGUUAUAAUUCUCUAGAGGUAUUCAAUAACCCACCACAAACCCUGAAAAAGCUGUAUUUGUCUAAUAACUGCCUCAUACAUCUCCCUUCUCUGGAUAACCUGUCUCAACUGCAGGAGCUAAGGGUGGACAGUAACCAGCUUACCAUUUUGAUAAAUGAGACAGGUGUCAGUCUGAGCACACUGAAGCAGCUUGAUAUUCUCCACGCAGGGAGGAACCCUUAUCAGUGUGACUGUGCCCUGAAGGAGACCGUCAUCUUCCUGGACAACACAGACAGCGUGUCUGUGGAGGACUACCCUGAAGAGUUUCUGUGUGCCACACCAGUGGCCCAGCAGGGGGCUCAGAUAAUGAGCUUGUCUCUUGAAACAUGUGAGAAGCCAACCAGUGGUACACAACACCACGGCCCUCCUCUCUGUUUGACACUCUUUGUAGGUUUAUUGUCACACCUGAUUUAUUUUUGUUGAUGUUUGUAUAAAAUAGUGACCUCGUUUAGGUGCCACUUUCUAAUAAGGCACCCAUCAUCAGUUAAUAAAUGAUUUACUAAAACUUAUAUAUCAUUUAUAAGCCAUUAAUAAGAACAAUUUCUGGGUUGCCAGGUUGUGAAAAUCCCUUUGACUGAUUGGAUUGUACCUUACUUUAUUGUAAACUUACCUUCCCAGAGGGCUGCAGAGAAUCUAGACCAAAAUCAAUUUGUUGACAGCCUAUUAAGCAUUUAUUAAUGGAUUACCAACAUCGGUAACCAAAUAGAAAGGAUAAAUACCAGGCAAAGGGAUUUUCACAACCUCGCAACCCAAAAUUUGCUCUUAUUAAUGGUUUAUAACUCAUCCAUUAAGCAUUAUAAAUGCUUAAACCUUUAAUUCCCAUUAAUUACUGGUUAAUCACCAUUGAUAAAAUCACGAGUUACAACUUAUAACUCCAAUUUAAUGGGUGCCGUAUUAGAUGUUGGUUCCAUUGUGGGUAAUAAAAUGGACAAAAGAUGAUAUAUCAGUUUCUAAAAACAUUGUCACAAUUAGUUUUUAUUUCACCAUUGUUUAAUAUUGCAAUAUCUUUGUAUAUCUACAUGGUUUAAACUGAAUGUUAAUAAUGUUACAUCAGUCUGAUCUCUUUCUGUUACACAUUCCAAAAGGACAUAAUAAAGUUGAUGUU